AUCUACAUACAUGUUUCGUGAAAGGCGAGAGAGAACAAACGGAUAAGCUCCGUUCGAGUCUUCGAGAGUUAAGAAGCCUAGGCAACUACCCAGACAGAUAACGGGUCGUAUGUUCUGUCGGUAUGGUCAUGCUAGCAACCCCUUCGUACGUUAGCGCGAAGCCCUUAACCUGCCCUCUUUCUCCCAUCGCCAAAGCCCAGAGGAAAUUGCCUCGAGUGAAGUGCGCAUUGUCACCCCCAAAAUGGCGGGAGAACAGGCGAUUGAUCUCCAUCUCCUUCGUCCUCUCCCACUUAUUCUCUAUCCCCAACUAUGCUAUCGCGGGCAGCAUUUUUGAUAAAUACGUGAAAAGGAAAAAACUAGACCCACUUGAGGUUUAUGUGCCAGCUGUCAUACUGACGCAAUCACAGAUCAAGGACCUAGAGAAAUCUCUAGAAGCUGAGCAACCCCAAUAUGCUGCUUGCCGAUCCCUACUACGCUCUGGCCCUGCGGCAUCCCUUCGUGUAAAUAUUCGAGCUGUGGCACAAUAUGCUUUGGACAAUGGCAAUGGUAACAGUGCUUCCGACAGUGUUGAUCAAUGCCUCAGAGCAUUGGAGGAACUUGAUUCCUUACUUCUGCGUGCAUCAAGAAAUGAUACAGAGGCCUCGGUUGAAUCAAUGAAGGGAAAGAUUAAUAUGGCCCUUAAUGCUCUGGAAAGCCUCCUCCAAACUGUACCUUCUGAUGUGCUUCAGAAGGGGAAGGCUGUAGCUGAUUCUUAUAUGAUUACAGAAGAUGAACGUGAGAUUUUGGACAAAGAAAUGCAGCAGUUGGAGUCAAUUUUAUGAUAUAUAUUUUUUUUUUCUUGAGGACUCAAAUUUAGGAGAUUAUGUACCACGAAUCUCUCCCGAUACAUGCAGUAAUCUCUUAACUGUUCUAUGAUCACGUAAAUUGGCAUCUAUGUAUUGGGUGCAACAGCCUUCCACAUGAUCUCUGGAUCUUGGAUAAGUAGAAUUGUAUGCUGGAUCUCCGGGGAUGAAGCAAAUGCCAGAUCAGCAUGUGGGGUAUCCUGCCAGGGCAGGCUGGGCAGCUAGUUGACUGUGGUUUUUCUUCCCUCUCUCUUUCUUAUUUGUUUUUAUUUGAAUUGAGUUCCUUGUAACAAGCUUUCCGUUAUAGUUUUUUUACUUUUUUCAAUUUGGAGCGGGUGGGGUAAUUAGAGAUUCUCAUGGUAUUGCGGGAUUUGCUCAUUGUUAUGGGUAUGCCACAAAUACCGUUGUGGAGUGCCGAGCUUUUCUUGAUGGAUUAAAGUUGCGUCAUCAAAUGGGUAUGAGAGAUUUUUCGGUAGAGUUGGAUUCAAUGGUGAUUGUCGGUUGGUUUCAUUCACGUGUAUGCAAAUUUUGGUUUUUAUGGGAUUUUUGAGAAGAAGCAUUUCAUUUAUUUCAUUUGAUGAA